CUCAUUACUAUAUAAAUAGUAUCGUUAAAUGCAAAGAAAACAUCCCAAGAAUCGAAAAACACAACACAAUGGUCUCUUCUUCUCCACUAACAAGGCGAAACAGAGCACUAUCCUCUGUUUUUCUUAUCUUUCUCUGUUUCUCACAUUCAUCUAACGCUCAAACCAAGCCGGUUUUUGCCUGCGAUGUCGACACAACCCCAUCUCUCGCCGCUUACGGGUUCUGCAACACUGUUCUGAAGAUGGAGUACCGAGUCGCUGAUCUUGUCGCGAGGCUCACGUUACAAGAAAAGAUAGGGUUUUUAGUGAAUAAAGCUAACGGCGUGUCUCGGCUUGGUAUUCCAACUUAUGAAUGGUGGUCGGAAGCACUUCACGGCGUUUCUUACGUCGGACCCGGCACGCAUUUCUCUAGCCAAGUUCCUGGCGCUACGAGCUUUCCGCAGGUCAUACUCACCGCCGCUUCUUUUAACGUAUCUCUGUUUCAAGCCAUUGGCAAGGUCGUGUCUACGGAGGCGAGGGCAAUGUAUAACGUUGGAUUAGCUGGUUUAACCUAUUGGUCCCCAAACGUAAAUAUUUUCCGAGAUCCUAGAUGGGGAAGAGGACAAGAGACUCCCGGAGAAGAUCCAUUGCUUUCUAGCAAGUAUGCUUCAGGAUAUGUCAGGGGUCUCCAAGAUACUGACAGCAGCGAUGCUAACCGCCUUAAAGUAGCGGCGUGCUGCAAGCAUUACACAGCAUACGAUGUCGAUAACUGGAAAGGCAUAGAACGUUACAAUUUCAAUGCAGUGGUGAAUCAACAAGAUAUGGAUGACACAUAUCAACCACCGUUCAAGAGCUGUGUAAUAGAUGGUAAUGUGGCGAGCGUUAUGUGUUCUUACAAUCAAGUUAAUGGUAAACCAACAUGCGCUGAUCCGGAUCUCCUUGCUGGUGUUAUCCGCGGUGAAUGGAAGUUAAACGGGUACAUUGUUUCGGAUUGUGAUUCAGUAGAUGUGUUGUACAAGAACCAACACUAUACCAAAACACCAGAGGAAGCUGCAGCUAUAUCUAUCAAUGCAGGCUUAGACUUGAAUUGCGGUUCGUUCUUGGGUCAACACACAGAAAACGCGGUUAAGUCCGGUUUGGUAAACGAGACAGCUAUCAAUAAAGCGAUCUCAAACAACUUUUUAACCCUUAUGCGUUUAGGCUUCUUCGAUGGAGAUCCAAAGAAGCAAAUCUACGGUGAGUUAGGUCCUAAAGACGUUUGCACACCAGCGAACCAAGAGCUAGCCGCAGAAGCAGCAAGACAAGGCAUUGUCCUACUAAAAAACACUGGCUCCUUACCGCUCUCUCCUACAACAAUCAAAACCUUAGCCGUGAUUGGACCAAACGCUAAUGUCACAAAAACAAUGAUCGGAAAUUACGAAGGCACGCCGUGCAAAUACACAACACCGCUCCAAGGAUUAGCCGCGACCGUACCAACAACAUAUCUACAAGGAUGUUCAAACGUGGCUUGCGCCGUGGCGAAUGUAGAAGUUGCCACGAAGCUAGCCGCGGAUGCGGAUGUGACGGUGUUAGUAAUGGGUGCUGAUCAGUCUAUAGAGGCAGAGAGCCGUGAUAGAGUUGAUUUGAAUCUUCCUGGACAACAACAAGAGCUGGUGGCACAAGUGGCUAAAGCUGCUAAAGGACCUGUUGUGCUUGUGAUCAUGUCUGGAGGAGGUUUUGAUAUUACGUUCGCUAAGAAUGAUCCGAAGAUCGUUGGAAUCUUGUGGGUUGGUUAUCCUGGAGAAGCUGGUGGUAUAGCCAUCGCUGACGUUAUCUUUGGCCGUUAUAAUCCAAGUGGGAGAUUACCGAUGACGUGGUAUCCACAAUCCUACGUGGAAAAAGUUCCGAUGACGAAUAUGAACAUGAGACCCGAUACAUCAAACGGGUAUCCGGGUCGGACCUACCGGUUCUACACGGGAGAAACAGUUUACUCAUUUGGUGAUGGACUCAGUUACACCAAGUUUAGCCACAGCUUAGUCAAAGCUCCUCCACGUGUCGUCUCUCUACGUCUUGAAGAGAGUCACGUUUGCCGAUCAUCUGAAUGUCAAUCGUUGGAAGCGGUUGGACCGCACUGCGAGGGCACUGUGUCUGGUUUCGAGGUUCAUGUUAAGGUGCGUAACGGUGGAGAUAGAGAAGGGAUUCACACGGUGUUUUUGUUCACGACGCCGCCGGAGGUUCAUGGUUCGCCGAGGAAGCAUCUUUUGGGGUUUGAAAAGAUUCGUUUAGGGAAGAUGGAAGAAGAUGUGGUGAAGUUUAAGGUUGAUGUCUGUAAUGAUUUGAGCGUUGUUGAUGAGGUUGGGAAGAGGAGGAUUGGUUUGGGUCAGCAUCUUCUCCAUGUUGGUGACUUGAAACAUUCUUUGAACAUUAGACUCUGAUUAUUCUAAUGGAUUUUAGUUUUUUUGGAUUAAAAUGAAAAAAAAAUUGUAAACAUGUUUAAGCUUAUGCAAGUUGGAAUAAAAAUGAAAAUUGUGAA